AUGAAAUCAGAACGUAAUGCUGUUAUUAAAAAUAUACAAAUACUUUUAAAAGCUCUAGGUAUAGAUCAACAAGUCGAUGAAGAAACAACAGAGACAGGUACCAACAACAAUUCCUCAACACAUCAAAAACGUAUUAAAACAGACACUGUACACGAUGUUCUCAAGUCUUUUAAUGCAUUUGUAGACUCAUCAUCAGACGAUGAUGAUAAGAGGCCGAUGGAUAAAGUAGAUGAUUAUAUUAAAGCGAAAAUAUCAUACCCAAAAGGAGAAUCACUUUUACAACGGUGGCAAAAACACUCUAUCAUAUACAAAAAGUUAUCAUUAUUAGCAUGUUCUCUCUUAGCAGUACCUGCAGGUUCUGCUGUAUCUGAAAGAAUAUUCAGUAAAACAGGUCGGAUUCUUGAAGUUCGACGUCAACAAAUAUCACCAGAAUCACUUGACUCUCUUAUUUUUUUACGAAAUUUUUCAGUUGUUUUGUAUCAAUUGAAGAUGUAUUAUUGAUAUUUGUACGAUACUUAUUGUUAUGAUCAUUAUCGAUCUUAACUGUUUGAAAUGUAUGUAUUUGAAUGGAAAUGUGAUCAUACUAAGUUGUGAUGGUUUUUUUUGCAAUCAUGAUUAUCUAUGUGUUUUUUAUUGCUAUAAAGCUUCUAUCAUUUUUUAUGCUUAAUAUUGCAAUAAACUGAUGUAUCUUUAUAAAAUAAACGAAUUUAAAUCUCUCGGGUCGGGUCGGGCUCGGGUUCAACUAUCCUCGGGUCGGGUCGG